GGACAUUCGGCGAACGGACCCACUGUGGGUAGAACGCCUCGCUCCAUGCCAUUCAAUAAUGGAAUACGGACGCGUCCGGUGACUUGUAAACAACGCGUGAAUGUCAACAGGAUUUAUUUAUUCCAAUAUUAAACUAUCGAGCGCGUUCUAUCUGUGUUUAAAUGGUUCAGACUUUUUAUUUUUUUAUGCUGUGUGCCAGUAAUUAUAAAAAUGAAAAUAAGAAAAAGACUUUAUUGUGAGUUUUUUUUGUAUCUGCUAAGUUUUUAACUUUGACAGAAGUGCUGGUGAAGUUUGAACGAUAUAUAUUAUGUAAAGCGAUCAGUGCACAAAAACAAGACAAUGAAGUUUUUAACGCUCAUAGCGUUAUGCGCUAUAACAUCGGCGCACAAAAUCACUCAGCUUAAGGUCCCGCUGUACGCUGACCCUCGGCGAGCGGCGGAGCUGAGCUGUCACUUUGAAAUGGACGAUCAGAAGCUGCACUCUGUCAAGUGGUACAGAGACAUACACGAAAUAUUCAGAUACAAUCCCUCACAGAAGCCACCUAUCCGUCUGUUCAAUAUAACGGGCAUCAUGGUGCAAGGUGGUGAUUGUCAAAAAGACUCAUGUAUGGUACGCGUAAUGCCACCCCCCAUCGCAACACGCGCAGCAUACAGCUGUGAAGUAUCUACAGAAGGGCCUAAGUUUCAAAUAGCGAGGCAAACGAAACAUAUGACUGUUGUUGCGAUGCCGGACAAGGACCCCAUAAUAAUUGGAGCUCCCAAAUUAGUGAAGCCUGGGGAGCAAAUACUACUCAACUGCACGUCCGACUACUCGCUUCCGCCGUCUGACAUUAAUUGGUAUAUAGACAAUGAACUCGCAAAGACCGAGCCAUGGCAACGUAGAGAGCUAAGCGCUCCCCAGCCGGGUGGUCUACGCGCAUCGUGGCGAGUGCUACGUGUCUCCGUACCCACUACAGCGAGCGGCGCUUUACGCGUGCGAUGCGAAGCAAUGCUCCCCGUAGAACCUCCUGUAGUGCGAGAUACAGUCACAACUAUAACCAUAUAUUCACGUACACAAUUGUCCAAGUAUGUUUCUAACAGAGGUACAUGCAUUGAAUUUAAAGCAAUGAUCGUUUUGAUCUGGACUUUCAAAGAAAUAUCGAAGUUUAUGAGCUUAUGAGGCUUGGUUUGAAGUACUUUAACAGUGAUACUAGAAUAAGUGUAGAUAAAUGCUCGCAUCAACGCAUAAAUAUGUAGUCUAAGAGCUAUACAACAUUUUCUAACGACCAGUGAACAUAAUUAAAAGGUAUAUGAAAUUAGUUGAUAUUCUAAGAGUGGUUAAUGAUACUGAAUUUAUCGCGUCAAUAAAGUAAAUGUUUGAUAGCUUUUGGACUAUAGACUAUAAUAUUGUGUACGAUUAUAGAUCCUACAUACUACAAAUAAAAUGAAUUUAAUUCAGUCUAUAGAUAUUAAUAGGUCAAAAACACUGUAUGAAGUUAUUAUUUUUUGUACAUUCCAAAGUGUUGUUUAUUAAAAUAUCGUCGAAAUGUAUGUAUAAUAUAUAAAAUAAACUUAUUAGAUAAAUUAAUGAAAUCUAAAUAUAUGUAGACUUCAAAUUGUUUAACUUAUUUUAUUGUUUCAUUUCUUGUUAAUAUGAAAACACAACAAAUUGUCUUUAAAAUAAUUAUUUAGAAAAUAUUUUAAAAAAAGAACAUAUUUGUCAUAAUGUGAUUGGUCCUCAGUAAAAGUUGUAACUACCAAAGUAAGUUCUUGAACUUAUCGUCAAGUUAAAUUGGUUGCACAAAGCCAUAAAAGUAUUGUAACAUGCAAUUGCAUAAUAUAAAAUACUUGGCAGAGAAAAAUGUCAAGAUUAAAUAUUUAUUUAUUUUCAAUUACCUAUUCAUAUUUUGAAAUCAAAUUAAAAUUACUUACAU